UGCCUGCGCAUGUCAAGGCUGAGUGAACACUCCUGGAUUAGGAGAGCUCAGAGCUGGGCAGCUCCUCAGACUACCUGUCACAGGGGGGUCAUUUAGCACCAUCAGGGAGUGAAGACCAAGGGCGGCUUGGAUACCAUCCCUUCUCCAGGCCCCGCCCACCUAUCCUCCCUUUUCGCAGAUCCUCAGCAGAACCCCGAGCUUCCUCCUCGAGCCCUAGUCUCUCAGAAUCUCCUGGGGAUUAAAGAACCAGACGGACAGAGAGAAAAGAAAUUUCCUGCUCCGACGAGCAGCUCCGGUGUCUUCGAGGGCUAGGGGCAAGCUGCUCCAAAGCUCUCCAACGAGAACCUCUGGGCAAGGCAGAUGAAACUGGAGCUCCCGGGGUUCCGACGAACCCAGUCAGAGCGAAGAGGUGUAUCGUGGCGAGGUGUCAUCGAAAAGCAUGGAGUAUUCCCGCCUAUAUGCUAAACUCCGAGGCUAAACCUAGAGAAAAAGAAGAUACGGACGGGAACCGAGAUUGGAGUUCAGGAGGAGGUGAGGAGGUACUGUCCGCGGUUCUGAACUAGGUCCUAUUAGCCAGACAUAGAGAAAAUUUCCGACUUGCGGAACCACUCCUUAGAAGUCAGGUUCGAUCCCCGAGGGGGCGGGAAGAUUUGGAGGAGGGGGGUGGGGAAAGCGACUGCUGCCUUGGAAAAGCGCCGGAAGCUGCACCAACGUGUUGAAAUCUACCUGCAAAAAGUGCUCCCAGCAAUUCGACUGUCUGAGAUUUUCUCCUAAGGGAGUUCAUCCUUGGAGGUUUCCUCGAAAGAAGGGGCGCAGUCCUUGUCGGAGAGAAAAGCUUCAUCAGGCCGGAGUCUGAGAACAUGCCUGCUCUCAGUAGCUUGUUUUCCUUGGCUUCCCUCAUGCUCAUCUGCUGUGUGCAUGUUUGCUUUCCAGUUUGUGUGGAAGUCCCUUCUGAGACAGAAGCAGUCCAGGGCAAACAGAUGAAACUUCGGUGCAUCUCCUGCAUGAAGAGGGAAGAAGUCACAGCCAGUACUGUGGUGGAAUGGUUUUACAGGCCAGAGGGCGGUAAAGAUUUCCUUAUCUACGAGUUCCGAAAUGGUCACCAGGAAGUCGAGAGCCCCUUCCAAGGCCGCCUGCAGUGGAAUGGGAGCAAAGACCUACAGGAUGUCUCCCUCACUGUGCUCAAUGUCACACUGAAUGACUCUGGUAUCUACACCUGCAAUGUCUCCCGGGAGUUUGAAUUUGACUCACACCGUCCCUUUGUGAAGACCACAAGGCUCAUCCCCCUCAAAGUCACUGAGGAAGCUGGAGAGGACUUCACCUCGGUGGUCUCAGAAAUCAUGAUGUACAUCCUCCUUGUCUUCCUCACUUUGUGGCUACUCAUCGAGAUGAUUUAUUGUUACAGGAAGGUUUCCAAGGCUGAGGAGGCAGCUCAGGAAAAUGCGUCUGACUACCUCGCCAUUCCAUCAGAGAACAAGGAGAAUUCGGCAGUGCCAGUGGAGGAAUAGGAGAAAUGGGGUGGUCUGAUGUCUGACGGGCCCAGAUUCUUCACUAUGGAUGAUGUCAACAGCUUCAGGACGGGACCCAGGGACUACCAGUUUUCAUCCAUCCAUCUAUUCAUCAACCAUCAGGCUUUGCUAUUUGGCUCCACUCUGAGCUCCACACACUGAAGGAUACCUACUUUGAUGGAUAAGUCAAGGGACCACCAUCUUACUCUGGGCUUGGUCUUUCCCCAGCCUAAUCUCAUACUAUAACAGUAGAUACAACUCCUUUUGCUCCGCAUGGCUUUUUAUAAUGCUGGUAGCAACUCCUCUUCCUCUACUCCUUCAUUAUUGUUCACCUGGGUCUGGCCCCCACUCACUGCUGGACAAGAAGGAACAUUGUCUGCUCUUCUGCUUUCCCUUCACUUCCCCACUCACAACUGCACAAAUUAGGUCUAGUCCCUCUACCAUUGGAUGUAAAAGGGCAUCAUGUGGUUGGCUCUAAUGUCUUAGCAGAAAUAGGAUGCUUCUCCUAUCCCAGAAGUGAUCCAAACAAGCCCAAUAUGAAGAGUAGCAUGAACUCAGAUUCCUUGGAGAGGCAUUUCUGAAUUUACCAGACCAUCAGGUUUGGGGUCAGAACAGAGUAGUUUUUCUGGACCACACAGGUCAGAAAGAAAGGACAGUGUGUGCUAGAAUAUCUUCUGGAACCUUGAGUCCUAGGGAUGGAUCUCAUUGUAUUCCUUGGCCCUAGGCUUUUCCCAGACAUUUACUAAGUAGUAGUUGGGACUAUUUAAUAAGGGUUCCUCUUGGCAAUAUUAUACUUAAUGUCACUUACCUUAUCUUUAGUCUUCCUAAUAAAAGUGUGGGGGACUGAGAAGAGGACUGGUAGCAGAGACUGGUAGCAAUUUUAGUAGCUUUUUAAAGUCAGAUACCUCAUUCCCUGACCAUGUUGGGAAAAUAUGCCUGUUUCUCAACUUCUCCUGGUUUUUCUCCCCACAGUGGGAUUUGGAGCAAUCAUCCCUUUUAUUGACAUUGAGAAACAGGAGGGAAUGCUUUUGUGAGUCAGUGUUGUUUUACACAAGAUAGUGGAUGUUCAAAGAGCAAAAAAGACUUACAUGGGAUCCCAGAGUACUUCGAAGUCGAAAUAGAAUGAGCUUCGGUGAGUUGACUAGUGCUCCCUUGGAAUGUUUUCACUUGUGUGAAGACUACAGAACUAGGCUUUGUGGUGGUCACACCCCCAUCACGUUUGGAGGAUGUGUACUAGUUAUUGACCACUCCUGAAGAACUCCAGUUAAAAGUAGUGUCAAUUCUUCAAUAAACAUGGAAUGGAAGAAAAUGAACCCCAAAUACAGUGGAAAUGGGUUGGCUUAGAGUAUACUGCAAUAAGAACUUUCCAUUUUUAUUUUUAUGUGACUAGAACAAGUCUCAGGGGCUCAAUCACUCCUUCCCUAAAGAUCUUUAAAAUGGGAGAAAUGGCCUAAGAUCAUAGAAUUGUAGGAUUUAGAGGUAGAAGAGACCGUAGAGAUCUUCUAUAUACCAGUUACCCUUAUUUUACAGAUGAGAAGACUAGGAAGCCCAGAAUGGUUAAUGAUUCAGGGAGUACAUGGCAGUUAUGGGCCUAAUGCAAUGGUAUGAAGGUGGAUGAAUAGAAUAGUUGAUCUCUUAAGAUUCCUUCUAGUAAUCUGUGGGGCUCCCUCAUAGAUAGAAGUAGGCUUUUGCUUUCUAGUUUUUCUACUCCCAGGUAGAAUAAACCAAAUUAGAUAGGAAAAGCUUGGCCUAAAACCCCCAAAACCAAACCAAACCAAACCAAAAAAGUACCUCAAAUGUAAAGUGUUAAGUGUUUGUUCCUGAAGUAAUGCUCAUCUGACCUAGUGGAGAGACAGAGGAUCAUUAUCAGCUGGGGGAAAAGGCUGUUAAUGGCUUUUUCCCUUAGGGAGUUUUCUUUGGGUUUGUGUGGAGGACAACACUGUUGGCAUUGGACCCAGAUUGACCAUCCCCUUUAUUGCUCUGGAAGUUAUUGCCCUAAAGUACUCCUUAUUGCAAUACUCAGAAGUCUGAUUUUCAUGAUAUUUCCUCUCACUGAACUCAAACUUCUUCAUAUACAUAACCUUCCACAAGGCCCCUCUCUGACCUUCAGGUGGGAAGCAAAGAUUUUUCUCCUCAUUUUAUGGAGAGGGAAAUAGACCCAGAGGAAUACAAUGGGUACAGUGAGUUGCCCACAAAUAUUAGGUGAGUAGGUAGCAUUAACCUCCAGUCCAGGGAUCUAGCUAUUAGAUCAUCCUUACCCUUCGAUAUCAGUAGUAAGUAGGAGAGUCUAGAAACUCUAGGCCAGUGAAACUUCAAUUCAGUUUCUGAAAAAACAAAAGGACUGUGGGCAAACAUAAUAGUGAGUUAAUUAUGUAGUGCUUUAAGAUUUGUAAAGCACUUGUAACAAAGAUUAUUUGAUCCUCACAACAAUUCUGGCAGACAGGUGCUGUUGUUAUCUUCAUUUUAAGGAUAGAGAAACCAAGGUGCAGAGCUAUUAAAUGUGUAAGGCUGGAUUUGUACUUGAGUCUUCCUGACAUUAGGACAAGUGCCCCACCUAACCACCCAACAUCUAGAAAAGGAAGUGAUUACCAAGGGUCAGGAUAGGUUCAUCAAGAACAGGUUAUACUAAUCUUAUCAGACUAGGUGACCACUAAGGUGCCUUUCAGCUCUAAAUCUGUGAUCCUAGGACUCUUUGGGGGGAGAUAUACUUAAAGCAGGAGCACUUUAAAAAUAUGGCUUUGUUGACAAAGUGUCUCAUUUUGCUUGUGUGGAAAAGAUGGCGAUAUAGGCUUAGUUAGAUGGAUUUGAAACAGGUUGAAAGGUCAGAGGCAAAGAACAGUCAUUUUAAGUAAUGGUUCUAUGUCAACUUGGAAGGAUGUUUCCAGUCUUUUCUUGGCUAAUAUUUUUUAAACUGAUGCCUCAAAUAAAGGCAUAUGUGGCCUGUUUAUCAAAUCUCUGGAUGACACAAAGCUGGAAGGGAGGGAUGCUUUGCACAUAGGAUGACAUAUUUAUCCAAAAGGAUCUUGACAGGCUGGAUCAGUGGGCCAGAUCUGACUUCAAAAAGUCAACUUCCCAAGUACAAUGUGGCUAGAGGAAAGUUCAUCCAAAGAUCUUGGGGAUUACUGUGGAAUACCAGAUUGCUAUGAGUCACCAGUGUGAUCUUAGGCUGUAUGUAGUGCAUCCACACACAAUGUCCAAACCUAGGAGAAUGAUACUCUUUAUAUUCAUUGCCCAGAUCUGGUCACCUUUCCUUCUAGGCACCACAUUUUAGGAAGGAUACCAAUUAACUAGAGAGUAUCCAGGAGAUGGCAACAAGGAUGGUGAAAAUAGCAUAUGAAGAUCAGCUGAAGGGACUGGGAAUGUGUAACCUGGAGAAAAGAUUUGGGAGAUUUUUACCUUCAAGUAUUUGAAGGUAGCUAUUUAACAUUGUGGGUUUAACAUUGUUCUGCCUACCCCCAGAAGGAGGAACUAGGAACAAUGGGGUGGAACUUGAAGACAGAAAUCCAAGCUUGAUGUUCUUAAUGAUAAGACCUAUCCCAAAGUGGGAUGGACUGUCUAGGAAGGCUGUGGGUUUCAAAUGAGAUAUUAGUAAAGCACUUAGCACAAUGCCUGACACACAGUAGGCACUUAAUAACUUCUUGUUCCUUUCUCCUCCCCCCUCAGUUGACUUAAUCAGGAAAUGUAGAUUCUUUCUGGGAGAUGGGUUGGAUUGAAUGGCUUCUGGGAUCUCUUCUGUUUCUGACAUUCUGAACAUACUUGUCUUGUUCAGAUAAAGCUCCCCAAUCCAAUGCACACAGUAUUUCCUGGGUGGCUUGUAAAGGACCUGGUAGUUCCAGGUUCAUUCUUCAUUCCUUUCAUGCCUACUUCCCUUUCACUUCCCACUGAUUCAAAAUUAGUUUCCUUCUCUAAGGUGUGGGGGUUCUCAUUCAGCCUUUCAUCAGAUCAUAAGAUGCAGGUGUUCCCAUUCAGCCUUUCCUCACUGCUUCUUUCCUCCCUAUUUCAAACACAAAACAAAAAUUUAAUUCCCUUUUUCCUUUCCCAGUUGUUCAUCCUCACUGCUUCCUGUUCCCUUCUCCACAGCAUCUUUUACUUCACCUUUGUGAUCCUUGGCUCCUUCUCCUUCCAUUCUCCUGUUAAACCACACUAUUUAUGAACCUUACCAUCUCCUGGGACUUCCCUUCUCAAGAUCUGCUUUGAAAAUCCUCCUCUCCUCUCCUUAGCUCCUCUCUCUAUGUCCUCCCCCAUUUUAUCUCCCACAUUUUUCAUAGGAUUAUGGGAUUUAGAACCACUGAAUGGGACCUGAGAAAUCAUCCUCGUUUUACUGAAGAGCCUGGGGCCUAGAGGACUCUCCUAAGGUUACAAAGGUAAUAAGUAGCAUAGCCAGGAAUGGAUCCCCCCCUCCAAAAGUUAAUUGUAAUCUUAGGGUGCCUUGAAACCCACAAUGUCUAGAAUAUGGGAGGAGGUAGUCCUGCUAUCUUCUGCUUUGAAUAGUGUGUUUGGUUCCAGGCAUCACAUUUUAAGGAAGGCACUGAUAAAAGGUGGAAAGUGCCCAGAGAAAAGCAAACAGGAUUGUGAAGGGCUCUAAGAUCGUCACUGGAGGUUCAGUGAGGAACUGAGGAUGGUUAACCAGGAGUACAAAAGGCUAGGGGUGGGGGAACAAAAGCAGUCUCAUUUUGCUUGGCCCCAGAGGAGAGUUGCAGAGACAGAUUUCAGCUGCAUGUAAAAGAUUGCUGGCAAUAAGAGCUCUCCAAAAGUGGAUAGCACAUGCUGCGGUGUAGGCAGCCUGUCGCUGAUGCUUCCUGUGUGGCCUUGGACAGGUCACUUAAUUUCUCUCAGCCUCAAUUUCCUCAUUUGUAAAAUGGAGAUAAUAAAAGCACCUACCUCACAGGGUUAUAAGAAACCAACAAGGAUAAUCCGUCUAAAGAGCUUUGCAAACCUUAAAAUGUUAUAUAAGCAUCAGCCAUCACUAGUCUAGAGUCACAUAUUAUUAGAGGUCUUCAUGAGAAGCUAGAUGGGAAAGGUGCAAGGGGGAUUCUUAAUCAGGUAUAGGGUGAACUAGAUGACCUCUGGGACCCUUCCGACCCUGAAAUUCAGUAUGCUGUGCUGACCUUGUAGGAAUCUCUGAUACACCUCAUUUCUGUGGCCUUUCUCUUUUAUGUGAAUCCAUCAGUGCAGAGUAUGUACCAGCCGCUUCAAGCCCUUACCCAACCAUCCCUGCUUCUGCCCCCUGCCCCAACAGACCCAAGGGCCAAUUUUUGCUACUCCAUAAGCUUUUGCCUGUUAUGGGGUUGAUUUUUAAAGGGCUCAAGGGCUAGCUUGUUCAUCACCCUCAGCAUCCUAUCUGCUAAUCCAGUGUGUUGAACUAUUUCCCACGGCUUAUGUCCUCACAUCCAAGAUGGGUUUUGCCUGGGAGGUUGAUCCCACUGCCUAACUUGGUCAUGAACUUAACUGUUCGACUUGACAACACCGAGGCUGUGACUUCUAGGACUCUCCGGUCAGCGCUGCACCCAACCCAAACCCCUAUCAGAGCAACUUCUAAUUGGUCAUGGCUGAAACUCCAGGCCAUUUUGCCACCCCUCUUCCUUCAUUCUGCCAGUUUUUAAUCUAUUUAGGAGCAUUAACCCUCAAGCUAUUUAUCCUAUGUUUUUGCUCUCUUUCUGUAUUUGGGACUGCCUAGCAAUACUGAGAGAAAGUGACUUGUUUAUAGCCCCUAGAUGCUGUGUGUACAUUUUAUGUGAAGGUGGGAGUGGCUAAGAGAAGUUAUAAACCUCCUUUCCUCCCUCCCUCCCACCCUCCCCUUUGAGCUCUUCUACCCUCCCAACUAAACCAGAGCACCAGUUCAAGAAGGAAACAUCUUUUUAGUCAGGGAUAGCAUGCUAUGUUGACUGGAAGUGGAAAUCAGAGACGAGCAGCUUCCAGUGGGUUAUUUAGUCCCUUCUUGUCUCCCCAUUCUCUUUCCUGAUACAGUGUGUUAGUGAAUGGAAGUGGUCUUCCUCUGGAGAUGGCUGCAUAAUUCAAGGGUUCCUGCCAUCAGCAAGCAUCUUGGGCUGCUUGUCCUUUGUCUUAACACACUUUAAUAACCAUAUGUUUUAGCCAAGAUCUGGAGGAUGCAGAUCCUGAACCAUUCCCCAUCCCUAGGUAGGGAGAUAAUUUUCUCCAUUUCACUGAACCUGCAAUAAGACAUAGUACAGACAAAUGCUUUCAUAAGCCAGUCUCUGUGGAGUGAACUUGUUCAAUGACAAGGUUUCUGGGUCUAUGAGCCAGCUGACUUUCAGUGGCAAUGACACCUGAGGCCCUCACUAGGCAGGGUGUGGGAAAGCAAAAGGGAAUGUGUUCAUGUAUUUGUAGGAUGAUGUCAACCACUCUCACAGACCUUUGUAGUCUGAAAAAAAUGGUAUUUUUCCAUUUUAGUCUUCCUUAUGUUGCUGUUUCUGACUUCUGUUUAGCAAUGUUGUCCCCAGCCAUCCCAGCAUACACAACCUGACACCAUCCUCAGUGUACAUAAUGUUUUAAAAUCCACUCCCUGUUCAAUCCAAUAAAGGUGUCUCUUAAAAACAGCUUACCCUGGCUUGGAUCUACUCUGUGCAACUACUG